UCCCCCGCGGUUUGGAGAAUUAGUUCCUAGGAUCCGAAGACACUACUCCCCGACAUCAUCAUGUCCUGACCCCGCUUUCAAUCUUCCUGGUUGUUUUAAAAAGUAAAAUAUGACGCGGAGGUUACGCAGACCUUUUAUAACGUUUGUUUUGUUAUUCAUGAUCAAUUGUUCCGUCUUGUUGAGACUCUCGGCUGUUGCUGCUGAAGAAAAUCAUGAGUCACUGCAGACGGCGGUGUCAGAGGAGGCCGUGUCUGACCUGGAGAACAAGCCCAAGUUUGUUGAGUCAGAGGAGCUGGACUCUCUGCCCAAAAGGCAGUUCAAGACGGCUGAAAUCGCAGACGCGGUGAUGGGGACUGAAACCCCGAUAGAUCCGUCUGACAUCGAAUCGCUGUUUCCCAAGAACGUGAAGGACUUCCAGUCCGGCUUCUCCCCCCCCUGCGAUGAGAACAGCGAUCAGUGUGUCUCGCCUGCUCAGGCUGAAGACCCAGCGCUGCUGGAGGAGCAGGACUCAGAAUCAGGGCAGCAGGUCAUGCUUGAGAUGGUCCCCGCACACCCCCUGGCUGAGGAGUCCAACUCCACCGAGACGACCAAGACAUACAAAGUAAACUGUGACAAGAGGAACAUCACAGGACUGGAGAACUUUACCGUGCAGGUCCUCAACUCCUCACAGGACUUGAUGGAUUUUCUCAAUGCCAACGGCACAGAAUGCUCAGUGGUGUUGUUCUUCACAGCCUGGUGUCAGUUCUCCGCCAGCCUGGCACCUCACUUCAACGCCCUGCCUCGUGUUUUUCCCAGCAUUCAUUUCCUGGCACUGGACGCCUCUCAGCACAGCAGUCUCUCUACGAGGUUUGGGACGGUGGCAGUUCCCAACAUCCUGCUGUUUCAGGGUGUCAAACCCAUGGCUCGCUUCAACCACACUGACAGGACGCUGGAGGUGCUCACCUCCUUCAUCACUAACCAGACGGGGUUUGAAGGGGGCCCCGACAGAAAUGUGACGGAGACGGACCGCCUGGGGCCCCUCUCCAGCGUCCCUGUGAGAGGCAUCGAUUGGCUGCUGGUCUUCUCCAUCCUCUUCAUCACGGGCUUUACCGUCUACGCCAUCCUGCGGGCAGACAGCCUCCGCUGGCUGAUACCCGGACAGGAGCACGAACAUCAGGACUGAAUACACUGAACGCUCUGAACCUUUUUAUGUUUUGGCUGCACAUUCUAAUUAAUUUGUGUGUCAUGUUUUUGAAUGAAAUAAAAUAUGUGAAAUGUUAUGAUUUAUA